GGGGAGGAGGGUGGGAUCAGCCCAUCCCUAAAUCUCUCCUUCCAAUCACACCACUGUGAUCCUCUAUCACCAAAAACCUUUGUAUGUCAUGGGGCAGCCACCUCCUCUCUUUCAUCUUCCUCUUCAGCCCCCAAAUGCCAUCUCCUUUGAAGACAAAGCUGGCCCUGGGGCUGCUGCAGCUCUGCUCAGUGCUGCAAACCUGGCGAGGUGGAAGGGCUGGAACAGCCCACUUGAGGAUGAAAAGGCUGUCACCUUCAUCCUGCUGACACCUGUGGGCACCUGGGCAGGCAGCAGUGGGGUAAUGCACAGCCCCAGCACCACUACCAGCCCCAGGGAGGACGGAGCUCAGGCAAGCAAAAGGGAGCUCAGAGAAAUCAGGUCACGCUCCCCUGGUGCCAGGGCUUUGGCUGGGCUCACCGCGUGGUGAUUAGGGACAAGGGUCCUUCUGCAGGAUGUUUUGCACAAUUUCCCCUUGUUUUGCAAUUUCCGAGGGCUUAAGAGAGAAGAAAAGCCCUGUGUUUUCCCCGAGCCCCUUUGGCUCACCCACCCAAGCUCCCCUCUGCAGUCUAUUCUGUGCCCCAUCUCCAAAGGGCAGCACAUGGUCCAGAUACAUGCCCUGAGGUUGUCCCCAGCCCCCUUCUGUCUCUGGCCAUCAUCCCUGUGUGCCACCAGCUGCACCCUCAGCAAGAGGAAAAAGCUUCAUCCCCCUACCACAGCCCUGCGCAACCACAAAAGGGGCAGGGCAGAACUGAGCAUCACUUCCCUGGCCCUGCAUCAUCCCCUGCCAGCUCCCAGCUGGGCUCAGAGCCUCACUGCUGCAGGGGGUCCAUCCAGAAAAGAGCACAGAGAAAGCAAUGGCUGGAAGAGCCUCACUGGGGCCGUGCUCGAGGAACACGAACAGCAGUGACGUGUCCUCAGGGUGGAUGGGCGUAAAUCAGAGCCCUUUAAACCGCUGCCUUUGAUCAUGACUAAGAUGAGGAAGUAGGAAACCUCGACUGCUGAGAUCAAGACUGUCAGAUGCCAUCUUCUUUUGCAUUUUGGUUUGUCAGUGGUUUUCCUGAAGGCAGCUUGCUCAGGAGCAGCCAAAUUACUUGCAGCCUGCUUGCAGCUGGCCUCAGGCUUCACCUGUCUUAUCACCUGCCCUCUGCACUGAGCCACCCGGCACCACAUUUUCUUCGUGCGUUUCUUACAUCAAAUGUCUUUUUUUUUUUUUUUUUUAAUUGGAUUAUUCAGAUCAUCCUCGUUUGUCAGCAGCUUUGCAGAGAUUGGCCGUGGUGGCCGCAACCUGAAGCACCGCCACUCUUACAGGGCUUUGUGCUGUGCUGCUCUGCCCUCUGCCAUCCUCAGAGGGUGGGAGAGAAGAACGGACCCCCUGGUUCCUGCUGCCCCCAUUGGCAUUCCCAGUCUCUACAAGGAGAGCAGAGCGAGGUCCCGCUGUUAAUGUUUGAUCAGGGCCUGCCUCUUGCUCUCUGAACUCAUCCCGUCAUUAAGCCGUUCACAGCAGGAAGGGGUGCUGGGUUUGGGCCCAAAGCUGAGCUCAGCCCAGAACUCAAACAGAUUGCUGGGCUGCGUGCGGAGCUGGGGGCUGGUCCUGGUGCCAUUCGUUAGUUUAUGAUCAUCUCUGCAAACAGUGGGGUGUCUCUGCGGGAUGAUGGCUUAAGAGAGCCACGGAUGUGCCCUGGGGAGAUCCCUGCCAGCUGUGCUCCCUGCAAAGGAAAGCAGUAAAGGGGAUGGGGGGGACAGGAGCGUGGGGUGGCACAGCUUUCUACUCACCUCUCCCAAACCAGCAUCCUGAAUCCCCUCCCCGAGCUGAGCUCUGCUCCAUCACAGUGCCCACCUGUGGAUCAGCACUGCCUUCCCUGAGCCCUUCCCACCACCAGCAGCCUGUGCUGACAGGGGAGGCUUUUGGCACAGCCAACCCCUGCCCAGGGCGGCUGCCCCGUGUCUGCUGGAGCAGCGGGCGCUGAACUUUAGACAUCUCCAAAGGCGAGUGCAGCCGUUUUACAGCUUGCCCUCGCUUUUCACCCCCGGGGACCAAUUUGCUGGGACGAUGAGAAUCCCGGUCUUUGAUCCGAACAAUGCGCAAAGGGGGAAAUGUCCCGAUGGCUUCGAACUCGCGCUGUGUCGGGCUGGGGUUUGGCACGGGAACAGCUCCUCUCUGUGUAGCUGAACUCACUGCUCUCCUGGGGAGGAGAGCCGGCAGCUAGAGGCCACUCGCUCCCAGGAAUGCUCUCCCAAAGGCUCCUCUAACAGCCCCCCGAGGAUUUCUCAGGGUCAUCGUACCCCUCCAGACAAUCCUUUCUUCUCCUCCUGCCUUUCUUCUGGGGAGGACCCCUCCGGGACUGGCGGCAUUGUCACGGUGGUGCCAAUUAGGCUGAGCCGGCUUCCAAGAGGCUGCGCUGGCACCGUGCGGGAGCUGCUGUUGCUGAUCAAGGUUUCAUUGUUCGCCGCGCCGCGGGUCUGCUGGCUGUCCCUGGGCACCCUGCCCGGCUCCACGCGGUGUCACGGCGCGCUGCUCCGAGCUACGAUCCGCGGGUGUCACUGGGAGGGCUCCGGAGGGGAGGACGUGUCAAGCCCAAACCCAAGAGCUGAGAAAAAACAGAGAAGCAUCAAAGUGGCCGGAGCUCCUGGAGGGAGGGAAAAUCUGGCAUCUUUGGCCGCCUGCCCCGCUUUGUGCCUGACAAUGGUCGGGAUCAACAGCUAAUGUGUUUUUAUUAACUGCUCCCGCAGCUCUGGCUGGGAGAACAUGGACGCUCCGGUGAGGAUGUUCUCACUUGCCCCGUGGACGCCGACGCCGACCCCCUGGCUGGGAGGGAAUACAACCGCUGCUGCAGAGGCGAAGUGCGUCUUCAACGAGGAGUUCAAGUUCAUCCUGCUGCCCAUCUCCUAUGGCAUCGUCUUCGUGGUGGGUCUGCCCCUCAAUUCUUGGGCCAUGUGGAUUUUUGUCUCCAGGAUGAGGCCUUGGAAUGCCACCACCACUUACAUGUUCAACCUGGCUAUCUCUGACACACUCUAUGUCUUCUCCCUCCCAACCCUGGUCUACUAUUAUGCUGACCGCAACAACUGGCCCUUCGGGAAAGCGUUCUGCAAGAUCGUGCGCUUCCUCUUCUACGCCAACCUCUACAGCAGCAUCCUCUUCCUGACAUGCAUCAGCGUCCACCGCUACAUGGGCAUCUGCCACCCCAUCCGCUCCCUCAAGUGGGUGAAGACCAAACACGCACGACUCAUCUGCGUGGGCGUCUGGCUGGUUGUCACCAUCUGCCUCAUCCCCAACCUCAUCUUCGUCACCACCAGCUCCAAGGACAACAGCACCCUUUGCCAUGACACCACCAAACCCGAGGAGUUUGACCAUUACGUGCACUACAGCUCCUCUGUCAUGGCCCUCCUCUUCGGUAUUCCCUUCCUGGUGAUUGUUGUGUGCUACUGCCUGAUGGCCAAGAGGCUCUGUAAGCGCAGCUUCCCCAGCCCAAGCCCCCGCGUGCCCUCCUACAGGAAGCGCUCCAUCAAGAUGAUCAUCAUCGUGCUCACCGUCUUCGCCGUUUGCUUCGUGCCCUUCCACAUCACCCGGACCCUCUACUACACCUCUCGCUACUUCCAAGCUGACUGUCAGACCCUCAACAUCAUCAACUUCACCUACAAGAUCACACGACCCCUGGCCAGCAUCAACAGCUGCCUGGACCCCAUCCUGUACUUCAUGGCUGGGGACAAGUACCGGGGACGGCUGCGCCGGGGGGCAGCCCAGCGGCCCCGGCCUGUGCCCACUUCCCUGCUGGCCCUCGUGUCCCCCUCUGUGGACAGCAGCAUGGUCGGCAGUUGCUGCAACAGUGAGAGUCGAGGGAUGGGGACAGCGUGGAGCAGAGGCGGGCAGUGAGAAGUGAAGUGGGAUACAGCACAGAAGCCCUGGUCCCACAAACCUGUCUGAAGCACUGACCAUGGGUCUGAGGGAGGGUGGCCAUGGGGUGCAUCCCAGGUCACCAAGAAAACAAGUCAUUUGUCCCUCCCCAGGCACGCACAGAGUACUUGACCAUAGAGUGCAGUAAACAGACUGACAUUAGGGACAGUGGAGGAGCAGCCCUGUGUCAGGUGGUGACAUGUGGGGACAGCAGGAAUGGUCAUGGUUCUGGCCACGGUCUCUCCUGAGACUUUGUCACUCACUUCGACAGGGCUCAGCCUUCUGCUGCAAUGCCCUGCACUGUCUUCAGGGUGGGGACACUUGGGGGAUGGGCAUGGAGCCACAUUUCAGAGAUGUCCCCCAAAGCAUCGUCCUGGGGGAGGUGAUGAGGGGCUGUGCUGCUAAUGGACCCCAAUAAAGCACCUUCCCCUUCUCCACGUGGUCCCCCCGUGUCAGGAGGAAGAGGUAGGACAUAUCUGUGGUGAGGGGACAGUAGCGUAGUCCCUUCAUACCAUGGCAUAAUGUGGGGCAAGCUUGGGGCCAUGGGAUGAGGAGGGUGACAAGAGAUGGGUGGUGAAGGCCUGCAGGAGAAUCUGCCUUUAUGGGUGUUUGCUCUCUAAAUGUUUACCCAGAGUUAUGUUUAACUGAGGAUCUGCGUAAAGACAAGCAGCCUGGAGAUGCUUAUCAGC